AGUGAGGGAGCUCCAUCUCUGCCUACUGCACCAUCUAAAUAGUUCACCCGGAUCUCUGCAUACAAUCAAUACCUAGCGCAGCCCUUCUCCCCUCAUGCAUCCAGACCUUUCAGAGCUGAGAGCUAUUUCCUGAACUCGCUGCGCCCUUGAUUCCCUUGAGCGGCCCGUCGUCCCUGAAAGCACCUCAGACCCCAGGCCACUCCCGCACAGCCACCAUGUCUGCAAAGUAUCUCUUCGUCUCGGUGCCGUCCAGCAUAACGCCGUCGGGCCACAAAGACGACGCAAUCGCAUCCGUGCAGAAAGCGGCAAACCCGUCCAACGGCGACGUGCUCCCCUUCUCCAUCCCAGAGUUCAAGAUCGGCACGCUCGACGCCCUGUUACAGCAGUCCGAGGAACUGGCCAAGCUGGCGGCCGUGUGCCACGGGGUGGUGGGAAAAGUCGGGGACACGCUGAAGAACAUAUUGGACGGGGACGAGGAGAAGAUCGCGAUGCACAAGAACGUCAAUGAUAAACCACUCGAACAAUACCUACGGAGCUUCUCUUGGAACAAAGUCAAGUACCGCGCCGACAGGCCGCUGUCGGAGCUAAUUGAUCUCCUACAGAAGGAAGCCAACUCGAUAGACAACGACGUCCGAUCCAAGUACAACCAAUACAACUCCCUCCGCACCUCCCUUCAAUCCCUGGUCCGCAAACAGACGGGCAACCUCUCGACGAAAUCUCUGGCCCCUCUGAUCACCGACCCCAAAAUCCUGGUUCAAAAUCAACACUCCGAACACCUGGAGACGCACCUGAUCGCCGUGCCGAAUUCCAGCGUCAAGGAGUUCAUGCGGACCUACGAAACGCUGGCCCCGAUGGUCGUUCCGCGCUCGGCAACCUUCGUCGCGCAGGACCAGGAAUUCAGCCUGUAUGCGGUGACCAUGUUCAGGAAGCACGCGCCAGAGUUCGUGCACAAGGCGCGCGAGAGGAAGUGGAUACCGAGGGACUAUAAGUACAAGGAAGGUGGCAGGGAAGAGGAGGAAAAGGAGGUGAAGAGGGUGGAGGCCGAGGAGAAGAGGGUUUGGGGAGAAACGCUGAGGUUGGGUAGGACCGGGUGGAGUGAGGCCGUCAUGUGUCUUGUGCAUGUGGUCGUGUUGAGGGUAUUUGUCGAAACCGUCCUGAGAUACGGCUUGCCGCUGGACUAUGUGGCUGUUUUGAUCAAGACGGACUCGAAACGCGAAAAGAGGGUCCGCCAGGGCCUGGACAGCGAAUACUCGUAUCUGGCAGGCAAUGCCUUUGGGAGAGACAAGAAGGGCAGACUGGUGAAAGACGAGGGAACGGGCCAGCAGGACAUGGUGGCGGGUGGAGACCAAGGAGAGUAUUCGGCCUAUGUAUGUUACGAUGUCGACGUCGAAUGAUUUGCAAACUUGAUGGGGUUGAAAGGAACCCGAGAAGGCAGAAGGGGAGGUCAAUCUUUGGACUCAGCGGGAGGGAAUACAGUGAUUCGUUCCCUAGAAGGAUCCCCCGGCAGAGCGCGAUGUAUAGAAGAAGCUUUGAUUCAGUCCCAUCCGGUCACGGUCGGAACGUAGAUCGCUGACGGAGAACUCUGCGGUCGGGGUAAACGAGUAGCGAACAAUUGCAAAGUGCUCCCACAUUCCUUCGACCUUGCGGCGUUGGUUGGAUGGAAGGUGGGAAGGGAAGGAAGGAAACGGAGGAGGACCAAGAUCAAUCGACGCCCCAACACGCCCUGUUCACACCCUCGAAUACAAUAGUCCUCCAAUGUCCGGC